CGACGACGAGAUUGGCCGCGAGGUAGAUGGCAUGGGGGGGAACAAGGGCGAGGAGUACAAGGGCAACGUGUCGUGGGCUGAGGUGUUCGCGUACCGGAGGCCCGUGAUGAUCGGAGUAUUGCUGAUGCUGAUUCAGGCGUUCACGGGAAUCAACACGGUCGUCUUCUACUCGACGACCAUCUUCGAGCUGGCAGGCGUCGACAACACGGUUUUGGCGACCGUUUCCGUGGGACUGACCCUCGUCGUGAUGACCUCCGUGUCCGGGAGCCUGGUCGACAAGGCCGGGCGGAGAAGCCUCAUGCUGAUAGGCACGCUCGUCAUGGCCCUCGCCCUGGCCAUCCUGAGCGGCUCGCUGCUUUGGCUCAACGCAACGCCUCGGGCGCAGGGAUGUCUGGCGGUGGCUGCGACUCUCCUCUUUAUCUCGGGUUUCUCCCUCGGCCAGGGAUCCGUCUGCUGGAUCCUGCUCACGGAGAUCGUCCCGUCCAGGAUCCGCGCACAGGCGUUCUCCAUCUUCACGGCCAUCAACUGGCUAUCGAACCUCUUCAUCGGCCUCUUCACCCUCUCGGCGAUAGACGCCAUGGGAGAGUGGUUGCUCCCGUCGUCGGGAGGCGGGUCGUCGUCGCCGUCCGCGAGGGACCAGCAGAAGGUCGGCGUCGCCGGGCUGUACGCCCUCUUCUGCGUCCUGAGCGUGCUGGCGGUGGCAUUUAUCUACUUCUUCGUGCGCGAGACGAUGGGGAAGUCUCUCGAAGAGCUCGAGGAAGGAGGAGGCGGUGGUGGGUUGGCAGGCGGGGGGAGCGCGGACCGGCUUGCGUUUGACAUCGGGGGAGCACGCGAAGGGCUUGGCGAUGACAGCGAUUCCACGAACGCCCUGUUGCAGCUGUCCGAGCACGGUGAUGCCGAUGAUGAGGACGGAGAGGGUGCAUGCCGAGUAUUGAUAUAGUGUAGUGCUUGCGCGGGAAUGUGCAACGUGCUUUAUCUCAUGAUUGCGGUAUUUUUUGUUUUUUUACCCGUGCCGUGGGUGAUAGAUCGAUCAAUGAACAAUAGUUAGUGGUGUGCGUUUUAGGGAUUGUGCCGGUGACGGGGGUCGUUGUAGGAGGCGACGACAACUCUGGACCGCUCUUGUCCGGAAGGAGGAGAAGUACAGCGUACCCGGAGAUAACCUACAAGAAGUCGGUUGUUUACCCAGGACCUUGGGAAGAACGCUUGCCGAAGAACAUUC